AUACACAUUCAAUGACAUUAAUAAUCUUUCCAACCAAUUUUUAACUCUAACCAAUAUACAAAUAUCGUUUACGUCACUCUUGAAGAAAGGAUCAACAGAAUCAAAUCAGAAGAAAGAAAAUUCGUAUAUCCAUAUUGAAGGAAGAGAAAAAAGAUAACUGAAUCAAUGGCGAAAGGACACACUGUUUUGGAAGUUGGAGCUGAUGGUGUUGCCAUCAUCACCAUCGUCAAUCCUCCUGUCAAUUCUCUCUCUUUUGAUGUGUUUCAGAGUUUAAAGGAGAGUUUUGACGAGGCUCACAAGAGAGAAGAUGUCAAGGCAAUUGUUGUUACAGGUGCAAAGGGCAAAUUUUCUGGCGGUUUUGAUAUUAAUGCAUUUGGCCUAAUACAAAAGGGAUUAGGGGAUACAAAGCCUGGUUUGAUAUCAAUAGAACUCCAAACUAAUACUAUAGAAGCGGGAAGGAAGCCUACGGUUGCUGCCAUUGACGGCCUUGCCUUGGGUGGGGGUUUAGAGCUUGCAAUGGCAUGCACUGCACGGAUAUCAACCCCCAGUGCUCAGCUAGGUUUGCCUGAACUUCAACUUGGAGUAAUUCCUGGAGGUGGAGGUACGCAGAGACUUCCUCGUCUUGUUGGCCUGGCAAAGGCACUUGAGAUGAUGCUGACCUCAAAGGCAAUCAAAGCGGAGGAAGCUCAUAGUUUGGGGCUUGUAGACGCUUUAGUGUCACGUGAUAAGUUGGUGAGCGCUGCUCGCCAAUGGGCUCUAGAUAUCGUGGACCGUCGACGACCAUGGGUUGCUAGUCUUUACAAGACUGACAAAAUAGAAUCCCUUGGGGAAGCAAGAGAGAUAUUGAAGUUUGCCAAAACUCAAGCGCAAAAACGGGCUCCUAAUCUUAAGCACCCUUUGGUUUGUAUUGAUGUUAUUGAACAUGGAAUAGUCGCUGGUCCCCGUGCAGGACUCUUGAAGGAAGCUGAAGCCUUUGAAGGACUGGUGGCCUCGGAUACUUGCAAGAGCUUGAUUCACAUAUUUUUCUCUCAACGAGGAACAUCUAAGGUACCUGGGGUUACCGAUCGUGGAUUGGUUCCUAGACAAGUGAAAAAGGUUGCAAUCCUUGGUGGAGGACUAAUGGGCUCCGGAAUAGCAACUGCUUUAAUUCUUAGUAACUAUCCUGUUAUCUUGAAAGAAGUAAAUGAAAAAUUCUUGGAAGCAGGUGUUAAUAGAGUUAAAGCAAAUUUACAAAGCCGUGUCAAGAAAGGACAAAUGACUAAGGAAAAAUUUGAAAAAACCAUAUCUCUUCUCAAAGGUACCAUUGACUAUGAAAGCUUCAAAGAUGUGGACCUGGUUAUAGAGGCUGUUAUUGAGAAUGUUGUCUUAAAGCAACAGAUCUUUGCUGACCUUGAAAAGUAUUGUCCUCCUCAUUGUAUACUUGCAAGUAACACUUCCACAAUCGACUUGAACCUGAUUGGAAAGAAUACUAAAUCUGAAGACCGGAUUGUUGGAGCCCAUUUCUUCAGCCCGGCACAUGUUAUGCCACUUCUGGAGAUUGUACGUACUAAGCAGACAUCUCCACAAAUAGUGGUUGACUUGCUAGAUAUCGGAAGGAAGAUAAGGAAAACUCCAGUGGUAGUUGGAAAUUGUACUGGAUUUGCUGUUAAUAGGAUGUUCUUCCCAUAUACACAAGCAGCCAUGUUUCUUAUUGAACAUGGUGCCGAUGUUUAUCAAAUUGAUAAGGCAGUAACCAAGUUUGGAAUGCCCAUGGGACCUUUCAGGUUGAUUGACCUCGUUGGUUUUGGCGUGGGGGUUGCAACUGCCAUGCAAUUUAUUGAGAAUUUCCCUGAGCGAACUUACAAAUCAAUGAUCCUUCCACUUAUGCAAGAGGAUAAAAGAGCAGGUGAAGCAACUCGCAAAGGAUUUUAUUUGUAUGAUGAUAAACGUAGGGCUAAUCCUGAUCCAGAGUUGAAGAAUUAUAUUGAGAAGUCUAGGAACAUUUCUGGUGUUACUGUGGAUCCUAAGCUUGUAAAACUAUCAGAAAAGGACAUCAUAGAGAUGAUCUUCUUUCCUGUGGUGAAUGAGGCUUGCCGGGUUCUUGAUGAAGGCAUUGCAGUUAAAGCAGCAGAUCUUGAUAUUUCAGCUGUUAUGGGAAUGGGCUUUCCACCUUACAGGGGAGGUAUCAUAUUCUGGGCUGACUCUCUUGGAUCCAAGUACAUAUACUCAAGGUUGUCUGAAUGGUCAAAACUAUAUGGAGAAUUCUUCAAGCCCAGUGCCUAUUUGGCUGCAAGAGCUGCCAAGGGGAUUCCAUUGGGUGCCUCGGUGGAGCAAGCGCAGUCAAGAUUAUAAGAUUCAAUAGCACAUUCAGACCAAAAAAUAAAAAAGAUUCAAAAGCACGUUACAUGUUUUUUUAUCAGAUUUUCUUUCCCCUUUCAAACGAUAGGAACAUAAUUCAAAAAGAGCCAAAUCUCUAAAAUCUCUUCCAAGAGAUUAAUCUGUGUGUUAGUUUCUUGUCACUAGCAGCAAGAGCUUAAUAAUGAAAAUGAAGAAGAGUUAGAUUAAAUGAUUUCUUGUUAGAGGAUUAUGGAAUUGCCAGUUUGAGUAUCAUUUCUUCAUUGCUUCUCUAAGUUUGCUGUUGCUGAGAAUUUUUAUUGCAAUAUUUGAUGAUAAUCCAACAAUUAUGCUUGUCAAAA